CGAAAACUUCGGGACCAUUGAAGAACCAGAGAUCGUAACGAUGUCAAAAUUUGUGAUGCGAGAAGCUGACCGCGCGCUGAGCCAUGCGUACACCGCAACACAGAGCAAAGGAAUAGCUCUGCAGAGAGACGUGUACGCGAGAAACGGAAGUACGUCGCGGCGAGAAAAGCCACGAGAAGCUACGAUACUUACCGCUACAGACGUCAAGAGUGAAACGAAACAGUGUCUUUGUUGCGGUGGACAGCACGGUGUAAAAGAAUGCACGAAGCUCGCAAAUAUGACUGUUACAGAAAGAUGGUCGUGGGCGCAAGAACAUAAAGUAUGCUUCAACUGCUUACGCAGUCGACAUCGUCGAUUCUCAUGCAAGGAAAAGCGAUGCGGUGUCAACGAAUGCAGAGGCCGACACCACGAAUUACUACACGCCGAAAAGGGGACGCCGACGACACAUGUAAACGGGACAACCGAAGAAACCGCUCUCGUCGCAUCAACAGCGGCGACGUGCGGUUCGGUAUUACUAAAGGUGUGCCCGGUAUUAAUACGCGGAUCGGAGGGUACAGAGAUUGCCACUUACGCGCUUCUUGACGAAGGUUCGACCAUAUCUUUAAUUGACGAACAAUUGGCAAGAGAGAUAGGCGCAAAGGGACCUACACGUAACCUCCGCAUCCGUUGUGUGUCGGCGACGAAUAAUCACCCGAACAGCCGCAUUGUGGACCUGACUAUUAGAGGGAAAGGACAAGACAAGUCACACGAAAUAAAAGCAAGAACAGUUAAAAGCUUAGUCGUCGGAAUGCAAACAGUAAGUACCGAUUGUUUGCGGCUAAGCCACCUACAUGAUUUGCCGAAGGACGUCUGUUUUACGAACGCGGAGCCUAAGUUAUUAUUAGGUGCGGACAAUUGGCACCUAAUCAUAUCUCGCAAGAUUCGUAUCGGACAUCGCAACGAGCCGAUCGCGGCGAACACGUUACUCGGUUGGGUGAUACAGGGGACGAUGCCAAGACGACUCCCGUGGAAAGACGACGACGUGAGGAUGCCGCCUAGCUACGAGAUGGCCGCAAGACGUCUGCGAUCAAUUGAGAGGAAAAUGGACCAUUCGCGAUCGUUCAAGACAGCAUAUACCGAGCAAGUUGAAAACCUACUCGCAAAAGGUUACGCUCGGCUAGCAGUCGGGACAGAAAAGGAAGACCCGAGAUGUUGGUACCUGCCGCAUUUCGCCGUCACGAAUCCGAACAAACCGGGGAAAACCAGGCUAGUUUUCGAUGCGGCGGCGAAAGCCUCAGGGGUCUGCCUGAACGACUUUUUGCUCGACGGUCCCGACUUGCUACAGAACUUACCCGGCGUACUUUACAGAUUUAGGGAAAAUGAUGUCGCUGUCUCGGCGGAUAUACGCGAAAUGUUCAUGCAAGUCAAAAUAGACGAAAAUGAUCAACCAGCACAGAUGUUUUUAUGGCGCGGAGACGACCGCCGUAAUCCACCUCAAGAAUACGUG